GGCGAGCGGUCGAAGCCACGGACAGACGCCAUGAGGGCUCUGCUGCUCCUGGGGCCUCUGCUGCUGAGCCUGGAGCCGGUGCUUCCGACUCCACCUUGGAAAGGCCCCAAGGGGCACAAGCAGAAGCGCAGGGCGGAUGAACAGGCCGUCGUUCUCACUGUCACCGGAGAGCCCUGCCACUUCCCCUUCCGGUACGAACGGCAGCUGUACCACAAAUGCACCCACAAGGGCCGACCUGGCCUGCGGCCCUGGUGUGCUACUACCCCAACCUUCGAGCAGGACCAACGAUGGGCGUACUGCGUGGAGCCCAAGACAGUGCAAGACCACUGCAGCAAACACAACCCCUGCCAGCAGGGAGGGACCUGUGUGAACACUCGAAGGGGCCCCCACUGCCUCUGUCCAGAACACCUCACCGGGAAGCACUGCCACAGAGAGAAGUGCUUUGAGCCCCAGCUUUUCCAGUUCUUCCAUGAGAAUGAAACAUGGCAUAAGCUGGAGCCGGCAGGUGUGGCCAAGUGCCAGUGCCAGGGUCCCCAAGCCCACUGCAAGCCGCUGGCCAGCCAGGUCUGCCGCAAGAACCCAUGCCUCCACGGGGGCCGCUGCCUAGAGGCGGAGGGCCACCACCUGUGCCGUUGUCCCAAGGGCUAUGGAGGACACAUCUGCGACGUGGACCUUGAGGCCAGCUGCUAUGAAGGCAGAGGAAUCAGCUACCGAGGUGCCGCUGGGACCACGGUCUCGAACGCACAGUGUCAGCCGUGGACCUCGGAGGCCACCUACCGGAACCUGACGGCAGAGCAAGCACUGAACUGGGGACUGGGCGACCAUGCCUUGUGCCGGAACCCGGACAAUGACACCCGCCCGUGGUGUUUCGUGCGGAGAGGUGCCCGGCUGAGCUGGGAAUAUUGCAGCCUACCACGGUGCCAAGCUCCAGCACCCGCAAAGCCCCGGUCCCCGCUUCCACCCCAACCCCGCCACGAGCUCCUGGGCCACACUAUGCCGUUGGUUUUAGCAACUGCCAAACCUCUGCUCAAGCCUGCAGUCUCGCGCCCGCCGAGGACCGAACCAGUGGGCUGUGGCCAGCGGCUCCGGAAACGGCUGCCCUCACUGAGCCGUGUCGUCGGGGGACUGGUGGCGCUGCCCGGCGCGCACCCUUACAUCGCCGCGCUGUACUGGGGCCACAAUUUCUGCGCCGGCAGCCUCAUCGCCCCCUGCUGGGUGCUGACCGCGGCUCACUGCCUGCAGAACCGGCCGGCGCCCGAGGAGCUGACUGUGGUGCUGGGCCAGGACCGCCAUAACCAGAGCUGUGAGCAGUGCCAGACACUGCCCGUGCGCACGUACCACCUGCACGAGGCCUUUUCGCCUGUCACCUACCAGCACGACCUGGCGUUGGUGCGCCUGCAGGAGAGCGCGGACGGCCGCUGCGCGCGCCUGUCGCCCUCCGUGCGGCCCGUUUGCCUGCCGAGCAGCGCCUCCGACCCCACGGAACCCGAGGCCGUGCUCUGUGAAGUAGCCGGUUGGGGUCACCAAUUCGAGGGGGCGGAGGAAUACGCCAGCUUUCUGCAGGAGGCGCAGGUGCAGCUCAUCCCCCGCGAGCGCUGCUCCUCCCCCAGCAUGCACGGCGCCGCCUUUGCCCCCGGCAUGCUGUGCGCCGGCUUCCCCGAGGGCGGCGUGGACGCGUGCCAGGGUGACUCCGGGGGCCCGCUGGUGUGUGAGGAGGAGACCGCAGAGCGCCAGCUCGUCCUGCGAGGCGUCGUCAGCUGGGGCUCGGGCUGUGGCACCCGCAACAAGCCGGGUGUGUACACCGACGUGGCCAACUACCUGCCGUGGAUCCGGGAGCACACCGCUUCCUGACCGCCCGGGAACGCGUCUUCCGCCUCGGCGACUCUGGAAUGGGAAGGUGGCCGGACACGAUCCUGGACGGCAAGGAUGGUGCUCCAGCGCCGCCCUCCCCGCGCCAGGCAUGGCAUAAACAAUCAAUAAAGCGCUUUUGGC